AAUUAAUUUGUGUUCUGUGAAUUGUCCAAUGAAUAAGUGGAAUUGUCACAAUUGUAUUGUGAUCUAUAUGCGCAAUAGCGUUUUGCUGUGUGCGGUCUGUGAUCGAAUAAAUUGACUAUUUUGUCUUUUUAGUUAUAAAUCAUUUUUAUGUAGCUGGGUUAUUCUUCAAAGAUAAUCAGUUUCGGAAAUAAUUUUAUUGCAAUCAAACAGUCAACACCUUAAUCAAAUGCUUUUUUUUAGGUUAUUAUUGAUUAUCAAUUCUGAAAUUAUGUCAUAUCUAUUUUAAGUUUUCACAAAAUAUCCAUUUUUUAAAGGCAUCCCAAAGAUGGUUUUUGAAUCUGUAGUGACAGAUGUUCUGAACCGAGUUCUUGGAAGUUACAUUGAAAAUUUAGACAGCAAACAGCUCAAUCUGGGAAUAUGGGGAGGUGACGUUGUACUUAAGGAUUUAGUCUUAAAGCCUUCGGCCUUGGAUGACUUAAACUUACCCGUCCAAAUUGUCUACGGACGUUUAUCACAACUGGUGUUAAAAAUUCCAUGGAAGAAUUUAUAUACGUCUGCGGUUGAGGCAAAAGUUGAAGGUCUUUACCUUUUAGUGGUUCCCAAUCAACAAGUCAAGUAUGAUCAGGAAAAAGAUCGGACAGAGCACAAGAAGAAUAAAGAAAAAGAGUUACAGAAGAUUGAAGAUGCAAAGAAGAAGGAAGCAGAAAAAGGUGUAAAGGUGUCAAAUGGCCAAGUGGUACUUAUUAACUCGGUGUUUUUAGAUAAACCGAAACCUGACGAUAGCUUUACUGAAAAACUUACAAUGCAAAUAAUUAAAAAUGUACAGGUUAAGAUUGAAAAUAUUCAUUUACGGUAUGAGGAUAAAGUUACGCAUGUUAAUCAUCCAUUUGCUAUGGGUGUAACAUUAAGUAAUUUAUCAUUAGAAACAACUGACGACACGUGGACACCUACAAUUGUGCAAGAAACAGUAUUAAAGUUUUUCAAAGUCUUAAAUCUCGAAGGACUAUCCAUUUAUUGGAAUUGUGGCUCGUCAAUGUACCAACAUCUGCCUCUUGUGGAACUUUUAAGCAAGUUUCGGAGCGAAAUUGGAAUGAAAUCAAAUCUACCACCCAAUUACCAAUACAUUUUGGGACCUGUGUAUGCAUCUGCUAGAUUACGUCUUAAUCCAAAACCCGACUGUGAUACACCUCAAUUUACCAUACCAAAGGUUCAUCUUAAUCUCGAAAUGGAAAAACUGCAUUUAGGCAUUAAUAGAUCGCAAUAUCGUGAUAUAAUUGCCUUGGCUGACUCAAUGGAUCGAAUGACAAAAGGGGUACCAUACAGAAAAUAUCGUCCAGAAUUAACUUCUUACAAAAGUCAUUACAAGGAAUGGUGGCUCUUUGCAUAUAACGCAGUGUUAGAUGAUGUUCGUAGACGAAGACGAAAUUGGAGCUGGGAGCACAUGAAAGCACAUCGUCUCAUGUGUGAGAACUACGCUAAACUUUAUCAACAAAAACUUACACAAAAAAAGUUGUCGUCAGAAGCACAAGUCCACCUACAGAAGUACGAAGAAGAAUUAGAUAUAUUUAAUAUAGUAGUAACACGUCAAAAAAUUGAAGUUGAAGUUGCAAGGUUAGGGAAAUUAAAUGCCCAAAAAGAAAAAAAAUCCUGGUUUAGUAGUUGGUGGGGAGGUGGAAGUGAGGGCGAUAAAAGUACAAAUUCAGAUGAUAUUGUGAAAAAAUUGGAGGAGGCGAUGACACCUGAUGAAAAAGUUCGUUUGUAUCAGGCCAUUGGAUACCAAGAGAAUUCCACACCUUUAGAAUUUCCCGAAGCGUAUAUUGAUAACUCCUGUACAUUUAUACUUCGACUUCUGGAAAUCCAGGUUGAAGAUGACAGUCUUGCCUCUCGGGUUUUGAGUAUUGAAUUGACAAGUGUGAAGUGUCGGGUCGAGACUAGAGCUGCUGCCUCUGCUCUUAAAGUCGCAGUUGCCGUGGAUGCACUAUCAAUCUUGGGUGUAGAGCAAGACGAGCUCAUACCGAAAAUGGUUAGUUCGGUAGUGCAACCCGGUGAAAGUGGUCAUCUUUUGGAUGUACUUUUUGAAACAAAUCCACUUGAUAAACUAUGCGAUCAAAGGUUGCAUGUGAAAGCUAAACCAAUACAAAUUGUAUACGAUGCAAUGUCUAUAAAUAAUACAGUCAGUGUAUUCAGUGCACCUCAAUCUUCGGCUUUAGAGCAAUUGUCGGUGGCGGCAGGAAAUGGUUUGAAUAACUUUAAGGAAAUGUCUGCCGUUGGACUGCAACAUGCCAUAGAGCAACAUAAUGUAAUUGAUUUAAAAAUUGAUUUGUGUGCUCCUUAUAUUCUACUUCCGUAUGGUGGAAAAUACACAGGUGUGGAAAAUCUUCUCGUAGCUAACUUGGGUCACAUACGUAUAGCUUCAUUGGAACGUUCUGACACAAAUGUCAGCGAAUUGCAUGCAAAGGGACAAGGCGGGGAGCGAAUAUUGGAGGAAAUGAUUACCCAAAGUUAUGAUCGCUUUGAGUUGAACUUUACAGAACUGCAGAUUCUUCUAGUGCAAGGAGACGAAGAUUGGUUGAAACUUAUAAGUUCUACAACGCUUACACCUUCACAUCUCUUAUGUCCUUUAAACUUAUCUUUGACAUUUCAUAAAUGCCUCAUUAUUGACGAUCCAAGAUUGCCACUUGCGAAAAUCCGAUGCCAUUUACCCUCAAUUACUCUCCAUAUUUCAGAUGUAAGGUUAAUUCUUCUUCUUAAUUUGGUUACAAGCAUACCGUUUCCAGAGGAGAAUAUACCUGAAAACAAGCCUCUUAUGAGAUCAUCUCGUUCACAUACGUCUAGUCAAUCUCUAAUAAAAUACCUGGAUCUAGACGAAAAGCUUGCCGUAAAACCGUCAGCAGUAUUUACUCCACCCGAAAUUAAAGAUCUUAAAGGAGAUCUUAUACAAAUGACAAGCUUAGAUGCUCAAUUUAUAAUGGAAACACUACAGCUAGUAGUUAAUCACCAAGAAGACGCCGCAUCUCCUAAUGAGGAAAUACUAAACCUUAAAAUUUGCCAAUUAGAAGCCGGUUAUGUACAGCAAACAUUUAAUAAGGACAUUGUUUUAAAAUUGGGUAGUAUAAAUUGUGGUCAAAUGCGUCAUUCAACUACAAUUCCUAUUGUAAAUACACCAUUGGAAGGUGAGAAAGGUUCUUAUUUAAUUAAAGUGAACUUUAUACAGGUAAAUAAAUUGUCGCCUGAAUUCCAUACAAAACAUCAGUCGUGUGAGUCACGGUUAAUUUUAAAUUUCACAAAAUUGAAUGUGACAUUGCAUCAAGAAGGUUUAUUGGCACUUUUGAAAUUUGGAACAGACUUGCAGACUCAGAUUGAAGAUGUGACAAGUAAUGCUAAAGGUGAAUCUUAUGAAGAGGUAGGAAAAAUUCGACGACUCUCUUCAGUCGCUGAGAGUUUUGUGAGUGACCUUAAAGCUUCUAAAACAGCUACAAAUCUGUUAAAUGUGGUUAAAAAAAAGAAAAGUACUGUAAUUGAGACCAUACAGUUUAAACUGAAUGCGAAUUUAGAAGAACUCAGUUUAUUCUUUGCUACUGAUAAGAGCAAUAUCUGCUCUACUGCCAUAAAUAGAAUAUUUGCGGAAGUUAUUGUUAAAGAAUCUUAUACCCAAAUUAUUGCUCGUUUGGGCCUUAUUGCAGUGACUGAUUUGAAUGAAGAAAGUAUUCAUUCACAGAUUUUAACCGUUACUGGAGAGGAAGUAGCAAAUCUUCAAGUUGUAAUGUAUAAUAGUGAACAUAAAUCACCGGAUAACAUUGACAUGUCAGUUCAGUUGUCUUUGGGAUGUUUGCGGUUUGUGUUUCUUAAUUGGUUUCUGUCCAAUAUGCUGAACUUUGUGAACAAUUUCCAAACUGCUAAACAAGCAAUAAUCGAUGCAUCACAAACUGCUGCUGAGGCUGCCUCUAAUAAUGUUCAAAAUGCAUACAAAAAUAGCACACGUAUCAGUUUGAGUAUCAAUCUCCAAGCGCCUGUUAUUAUAAUACCUGUAGACUCGAAGAGUAACAAAGCAUUAUUGAUUGACCUGGGCUAUUUAACAAUUCUAAACAAAUUUAACACUCUUAAUGUAGUAGGCGAUCAUGGUGAAAAUGCAGUCUUAGAUGAAAUGAAAUUGAAAUUAACAAAUUUAACAAUUGCUAGCGUGAUAUUGAAUACGGCUGGUGACAUCGCUGAAAAGAUAGCCUUACUAGAUCCAGUUACUUUCACUUUGUCUAUUAAGCGAAACCUAUCAAGUGCCUGGUAUAAAUCUAUACCAGACAUAGAUCUUUCAGGAAAAAUUAAUUCCAUAACGGUUUUGUUGGCACAAACUGAUUUUAAAAUGAUAAUGAGCAUUUUGGAUGGUAAUUUAAGUGAAGGCGACAAGCAAGACGCUCUACCUCCUGAACCUAAACAAGACGCAUCGAUUACAAGAAAACUGGGAGAAAUCGAAUUGACUGUGGCUAAUAAGGAACUUGAGAGCGAUUUGAAAGUUCACACAACUAUAAAAUUUACAUUGACAAUGGAAAGUUUUAUCAUAAACUUGUUUUUCAAAGGAUCACAGAAAGUUGGUACCAACUUAUCUCCCACACACGAUCCAAAAGAUGCAUUAGCCCGGUUUUCAUUGGAGGUAUUAUCAAUAAAAGGUCGUAUUUUAUCAGAUAACUCAAUAGCAACCUCCAUACUUUUGGUAAAUUGUUUAUUGGAUGACACACGUAAAGGACGCGAAGGAAAACUUACUCGUUUAAUGGAACGUAAAGCCGAUUUGGUUUACGUAGACCAACCUAGUAGUUCUAUGUCUACCGAGUCACUAGAGCCUGUGCGGAGUAUGAUUGAUAUUACCGUUCAAAUGAAAGCCAAUGAUAUGUUUGUUGACGUACGCAUAUUUAGCUUCACCAUAAUUAUAUCGUGCGAGUACCUUUUAAAAGUAGCCGAAUUCUUUACUAAUUCUUUGGCAAAGGACGAAAAGCAAAUCACCAAACCAACAAAUGGCAAACAUUCAGCAAUCGCAAAACCUGCCGAGGUCAAGAAAGAGUUCGUCGGGAAAAAGAAAGAGUCAACAGACUCUACGAUAACACUUAAUUUACGUAUAGAGAAGCCAGAUAUAAUUCUGGUAGAACAUAUGGAAACCAUUGAUGCAAAUGCAUUGAUUUUAAAUAAUGAAAUUCUAAUGAAAGUUCGUCUGUAUGGUGAAUCUAAAGUGAUAAAUGGGUCAAUUUCCGAUAUUCAUUUAUACACUUGUUGCUACAAUCCCUCAAAGCGAGCGGAGACGAGAAAAUCAGUUUUACUUCCUGUUAGUAUCAGUAUUGCGGGUUCUACACCGGAGGGUCAAGGACUGCAUAUUGAAGUUUGUGUUACAAAUAUUUGCAUUUGUGUUUCACCAUCAACAAUUGAGUUAUUAAGUCGAGCCGCUGCCUCACUGUCAAGUGGUGAUGUUUCACAAUCCGAAAGUGAGGUGGAAUUAGUGGACCACAGUGAUGCUUGGAAUGCACAGAAAUUUAGGGAAGAGGAUUGCUGGUUUUUAAAAGCAGAAAUUGGUGAAGAUGUAUUGGAGGUGCUUGAUACUGGUACACCAGAGAGUCCAAGACAAAAGCUGUCCGAAUUGUGCAUCGUGUCUAUACCUUCAGUUGUUAUAACUAUCGAAGCUGGAGUUGGAAAUAAGACACUUCCAAUGUUACUACUGAACAGUAGUUUUCAGGGUAACGUUCACGAUUGGAGUUCACAGUUAUACAUUGAUGCAAGUCUAACAUUACAAAUGAGUUACUACAAUAGUAUGUUGGCAGUUUGGGAGAGUCUUAUUGAACCAGUACAGGUGGUGCAUGAAAACAAAACAGUUUAUGAACCUUGGGCUUUAAGACUAGAAGUGACGAUGAAUGAACGAGAUGAUGUUCCUAUUAGCAUAUCGGAAGAAGUUGAAGAAGAUGAGGAAUGCAUUCAAUUGCAACCAGCUGCUAUGACUAUCGAUGUUUCCUCUACAUCUAACUUAGAACUAACUGUAACAAAGACAAGUAUUGAUGUGUUAAACAAUUUAGCGAAAGCUUUUUCGUCAGCCAUGAUGAGAGAACCGAUCAAAGGGAGUGAGAUUACAGCACCUUAUGUUGUGAAAAAUGAGUCAGGUUUACGUGUUCAGCUUCAUCUACAGAAUGGUGCGUUCAAAAUGUACGGACGAAACGAUGAUUUGGCAGAAGUUGUAUUGGAGAUAGGUGCUAGUGUUCCAUUGCAAUUAACGGCUUCGCUAGAAAUGGCUAAAGAUUUACAAUUAACUGGUUCUCUUAAAAUUGAAAACCGAUGUUUAAAUGUGGAAAUAUUGGAUUUACUUGAUUGUCGGUUGGAGUUACCAGUGGUGAGAUCUGAUAAGCGGUAUUUCUUGUUGAAACAUCGAGGAGAAAAUAACGAUAGUUGGGGUCUUGUAUCGGCAGUGACUAUAGAUGAGGGUGUUACAACAGUGACUUUAAGAAGUAUUCUUCAAGUGCACAACCAUUUUCAUGUAAAUGUAGACGUUUAUUACAUGACUGCUAGAGGCAAUGAACUGGAAUGCAUUUCAAGUGUAGAACCGGGAUCCUUUAUUAAUAUUCCACUUAAUGCUGUUUAUACACCGACGAAUGAACUAUUUUUCUCUGUUCCCGAUUUUUCUGUAACUAAUACACCAUUCAUCUGGAAAGACUUGAAGUUAAAUGUAUCGAUUACAAAAAUAAUGCACUGUAUGCCAACGAAUGAGAAAACUAACGCCGAACCAUUUAUUAUUAAAGUUAUCGGCGAAACACAGCAAAUAUAUCACGAAAAUACUAAUCGCCACACAAUGGCUAGUACAUGUUAUAACAUUCACUUGCAUCCUGCUGUAACUUUUAGAAACUGUCUACCUAUAAAAAUAAUUUGUUCCAUUCAAAAUCUUGUAGAAGAAAAGGUCGUGGAACCUGGUGAGUCACUCCACAUGCCUAAUGUUAAUCCUGGAUGUUCUCGUAUUAUUGUAAGGUUACCUGAUUACUUAGACAAAGAGUGGUCAUGUCAGCAUGAUGUACCAACGCAACCGCCCCCAUUUACAGUAUGGCAGUUUGAGAGUUAUGAUAGCGCUUGUAAGACUACAUUAGAUCUUGGAAUGCAUUCCAUCACUAAAUCAGGAUCAACACAUAUGAUACUUUAUUGUCCAUUUUGGAUGCUGAAUAAAACUGGAUUAACAAUAUCUUACAGGAAAUCUAAAAAAUCAGAGAAAGAAGCAUCAGGAAGUCCUUCAAAGCCAUCUGGUGACAACUUGAAUGUUCUUCAUCAUCCGGCAACAUUUAAAGGACCUGUACUAUUCUCUUUUAAUGCAAAAAAUUUCUUCGGGAAGAAGAAAGCCUCGAUACGAAUUGAUCAGGGAGAGUGGUGCGAUAAAUUUUCGCUAGACGUAGCAGGCUCCUCAGGUUUUGUUGCAUGUAAGCUGAAUAACGCCAUUUACCAAAUUGGAGUGCAUAAUCAAUUGACUUACAAUGGGUUAACUAAACAAGUUACAUUUACGCCUUAUUAUGUCAUAGUUAAUAAUGCUCCAUUCGAUGUGGAAUGUCAGGAAUUUGAUCGUCCGGCUGAUGCGUGGGUCUCUAUUUCCGGAAAAUCGUGCAUUCCGUUUUGGCCUAGAAGUGAACGAGAGGAUAAGCUUUUGAAGUUAAGGGUGGUUGGUACUCGUGAAGUGUCUGCUCCGUUUUUGUAUACCGAAACGCACAUCACUCUUUUAAAAUUACAUAACAAGUUUGGAGGCGUCAAUGUGGAUAUACAAAUAACUGAGGGCGGUGUUUACAUUAACUUGUAUAGUUACGAACCUGGAAUGGCACCAGCUGUUAUUGUCAACCACACUAAAGAUAUUAUGUGCAUUUGGGAAAAGGAGACUGUACAAUUGAAGCGGCUCAGUCCUGGAUAUAUGACUCUGUACGCAUGGGAAAACCCUUCGGGGCCAAAGGUACUUGUCUGGGACAUCGGUCAUAAAAAAGAGAUGGAAGAUGAUUUGCGUAAAGAUGGCGUUGGUGAAUUUUCACCAUCUGAUAAUACUCAAGUGUAUUGGGUGUCAUUCUUGGACGGACUGCAACGUGUUUUGCUCUUUACUCUGGAUAAGUCUGUGGCCGAGAAUGUACAAUGUGCCAAGCAAUUUGAAGCAAUUCAACAAGAAAUUAAUGUAUUAAUUCACGGUUUAGGUUUAUCCCUUGUCAAUAACGUUACUCGGCAAGAAAUUUUAUAUGCUGGCAUUGCAAGCAGCGGUAUUACGUGGGAAACAUGUAAAAUGCACACAAGGCGUUGGAAACAGUUAGGAAAUAGAGAGAGUUUGGCGAUUGAGAGCGCCUACCAAAGUCAUUUGAAUCACUUACAAGUUUCUGGCACCUCCUCUGGACACGUCGUCGUUGAUUCAAACACUGAAGUCGAUUUUGAAACUGGGUUUAUGUUUAGACCGAAUAAACGCAGACUUCGAAGAAGUUUUCAGACAGGACUGUGGCUGCAACUUAAAACAAGUCCUCUUCAGUUACAAUUACAUGCUAAAAUUAAUCGGCUUCAAAUUGACAAUCAAAUGCAAGACUGCAUCUUUCCUGUUGUAUUAGCUCCAGUACCCCCUCCAAAAACUGUGGCUAGCGAUGUUCAAAAACCGUUUGCCGAAUUGAGCAUUGUGCAGCGCAUCAUAAAAUAUAGUCAAAUUCGUCAAUUCAAAUACUUUAAAGUUCUUAUUCAAGAAUUUCACGUAAAAGUGGAUUUAGGAUUUGUGAAUGCUGUUGUGGAACUUUUACAAAAUGAUGCCUAUUCGGAAACUGAAGAGAAGGAACAAUUUCUGCAAGACAAAAAACUAGUUGACGAACCUUUACUUUCACUUGUCGCUUCAAAAUCUCUACAGGAACAAAAAAACUUUUACGAUUUGUUGCAUUUUUCACCAUUAAAAGUACAUGUUAGUUUUUCAUUGCAAGCUGGCGGUGGAUCUCCUCAAGGAACUCCAAAUUUUAUAAAUGUUCUCUUGCAAGGUCUAGGCGUGACUCUCACUGAUAUGCAAGAUGUCGUUUUUAGGCUGGCCUAUUUCGAACGUGAUUACACUUUCUUAACACAGAAACAGCUUAUAAGCGAAGCUACGACUCAUUACGUCGGCCAAGCUGUAAAACAGUUGUAUGUACUAGUGUUAGGUCUUGACGUCCUUGGAAAUCCGUACGGGUUAGUCUUGGGUAUAACAAAAGGCGUUGAAGAUCUCUUUUAUGAACCCUUCCAGGGUGCCAUACAAGGACCCGGCGAAUUUGCGGAAGGAUUGGUUUUAGGAGUACGUAGCUUAUUUGGACACACAGUGGGGGGAGCAGCUGGUGCAGUUUCGCGUAUAACCGGCGCGCUUGGCAAAGGAAUUGCUGCACUUACUUUUGACGAUGAAUAUCAAUCUAAACGUCGCGAUCAAAUCAAUAAAAAACCAGCCACCGUGCAAGAAGGUAUUGCGCGAGGGGGUAAAGGUUUAGUUAUGGGAAUCUUUGAUGGUGUUACGGGGGUGUUUACAAAACCAAUUAGUGGUGCUAAAGAAGAAGGCAUUGAAGGUUUCUUUAAAGGUAUUGGAAAGGGGGCUGUAGGCCUUGUAGCGCGACCCACAGCUGGUGUUAUCGACUUUGCAAGUGGUUCUUUAGAUGCAGUUAAAAGAGCCACAGAAUUGGGUGAAGAAACCAACAGACUACGUCAUCCACGAUUCAUUCAAGCUGAUGGUUUGGUGCAGCCCUAUAAGCUUUCAGAUGCAGUGGGACAUAAACUGCUAAUGGACUUGGAAAAAGGAAAAUAUGCACAUACUGACAUUUACUGUGCACAUUACAUCAUAGUUCUCAAAAAGGAAGUGUUAUUGAUUACAGAUAAGCGUAUAGCGUACAUCGUUCAUAAUGAUAUAUUUGGAGGAUGGCAAGUAGAAUGGUCUUACACAUUAAAAGAAAUUAAACCACCACCAAUGAUUGUUUCGAAAGGUGUAUCCAUAAGCACAAAUGAACAAAAGAAGAAGAAAAUUUUUUCAUUUGGUUCAAAAGAUUCAGGAAAAAUUAUAAUAAUAAGUGAUCCAGAGUUACGCGAAGAAGUGUGUAACAAAAUUGACGAGCAAUUAAGGAGUCUUGGUUAAUACAAUUAGUUGAACGUACUUGCUUAAUGAUGAUAUUUACAUCACACAGUGAUAAUGCUGUUAAUUUUCAAUAUUGUUCAAAUGGUUACUGAACUGAGUACAAAAAACUGGAAUCUCAAAAUAAUGAUAAUUAUGUUGUUACUGCUGUAGAAGUAUAAAAAUGGCAUUAAUUAUGAAUAAUUUUUGCCAAUUACCGAAUUUUGCUUUUGUAUCUUUGGAUUACACGCACGCACUGAAAAUAAGGCUAUUUAAAGAGAGAGUUUAUAUGCUUUUUGUAAGCCAUCUAUUUAUGAUGCUUUAGCAUAUGUAUUCUGGUUAUUAAUACUACUAAAUAUAUUGCUAUUUUAAAGAAA